AUGGAGAUGGAGAAGACGAGAGGAGAGGGAAAAGAAAAGGCCGAGAUGAAGAAGAAAAGAAAAGACGGCAGCGAGAGGCGGCGGGUUUCAUCUCCACCAGGCCCAGAACAACGCUCCACCGGCUUCGUGGGCAUUGAGCAUUACUCGAGACAGCCCUUGACGGUCCUUCAGCGUGGCAGCCAGGGCCUCGAUGCUAUCAAACAGCUCCGUAAAGCCAACCGUGCCCACGAUGACCAGCCAGUCCGUCGGGGGCAGCAGACAGACACCCCCCUCGAUGUAGCACUUCGGGUGCGUCGAGAAGGCAAACUCCCUCACGGCCGGACAGGUCGAGACCUGCUCAUCCUCCCCCAGGGCCACAGGCACCAGUUUCUGCUGCAGGCAGAGCAUCGUCUUGGUGACCCAUUCCUGGCCGCUGGCGGAGAGCUCGAGAGCGUAGCCGUCCGGCCCACAGGGGAUCCCUUUCUCGAGACACGCCGAGUAGAAGCUGCACGAAUUCGGGGCUGGCGACGAGCAUUCAUCUGGUUCUUCCCGUCUCGCCAGAGGGCUGAUGCAGCAGCGGCCGGUAAUGGGACAGCUGGGGUGCCUACAGCUGUCAGUACCCGAUUCCAGUCCAACGCCAGAGCCAGAGCGAGGAGACAGAUACCAUUUGGAGGUUCCGAAGCACCGACCGGCGACCUGGCAGAUUCCACGGCCCUGUUGGCGUCGACAGUUAGUCGGUUGUUAGCUGGCGGUGCUGGAUGUCGUCGAAGAAGUGUCGUUGACGUCGAGAUGUUGGAGUUUUCCUACUUCGGGCGUCUGGCAAGGGACGAGAGGGACGUCGACGGCCGAAGCAGCAGCAGCAGCAGCAGAAACCGUGAACAGCGCGAGAAGAAGAGACUUCAUGGUGAAGACGAUGGUAUAUCUAUUGUCUAUGAUCUAUUUAUUCUCUAG